UCAAUCCACACUUUAUAAACAGUUCUUUCAUGUAAUGCUAUUGUGCUUUCUUAUUGUUUUUAUCAAUCUGAUGUAGGUUCUUCAAGUCCUCUUCGCACACUGCUUGGUAGAAAAUUGUUGAUACCCUGCAUAAGUAAUGAAAGUCAUCCAGAAUCUUUUAGCUGGUUUUACAGUACAAACAAUGCUGGUCAGCGCCGCACCCAGCUUUUUCAUGAGGAUAAAAGUGGCCGACAUCGCCUUUCCAAAGAUUUAUGGCAUAGAAAGAGUGUUUCAAGGAAUCGUUCACUGGUAAUCAGCCCUUUUACAGAGAAGGAUCAAGGAAUAUACUCAUGUGAAUUGUAUAAAAAUGACAAGAUGACAUAUGGAUUGUCCACUUCAGUUGUUCUUGAAAAAGAAUCUCACAUGCCAGUAAUAACCACUGUGCCAGGCAGUGGCUUUAUGCAUGAAGUAACAACGAAUGUGAUUACCAGCACAUAUUACUCACUUGACUCCGCUCUGAACAACACCACCAACAAAAGAAUAGACAAUGGGCCUACUCCUUCAGGUAACCGAGAAACUCCGUGGCUGGCAUCAACAGUAGCUGGAAUCUCUGCAGCUGUGUGCCUUUUCCUUGUUGUACUGGCACUGUUUAUAUUAUGCCAUUUCAAAUGGAGAAUACUUACAGGCAGGAUAAAUAUUCCAUAUUGUUAUCUUUGAAGAUUAAUACAAUUUUUGGGAGAUGGUAUGCAGUUUGAGGCCCUAUCUGUUUUAAUGGGAUUACUUUAAAAAAAAAUGUGUGUGUUUGUUCAAAUGUUUAAGCUUCUGCCAAUCAACUUCUCUUUGGUGGCCAGUGGACCAACUUUUUAACGUUACCUGUCUGACACUGACGUGUGAUGGAGGCCCCACCAGUCUCAGUGCUGCCCAUCACGGGGGGCACAAUCAACAUGAUGGAGUACCUGCUGCAAGGCAGCGUCUUGGACCAGGCCCUCGAAAGCCUAUUGCACCGCCUCCGGGGCCUUUGUGACAACAUGGAACCCGAGACAUUCGCCGACCAUGAGCUGGUCUACCUCCUGAAGGGCCAGCAGGGCAACCCAUUCCUGCUACGUGCCCGCCGCUCCCUCUCCCACCCAACAGUUCCCUGGCACCUGCGCUACCUGGGCCAGCCGGAGGUGGGUGACAAGUCCCGCCACGCGCUGGUUCGCAACUGUGUGGAUGUGGCCACCUCGCACAGCCUGCCCGACUUCCUCAACGAAAUGGGCUUCCGCAUGGACCACGAGUUCGUAGCCAAGGGCCACAUUUUCCGUAGAGGCGUGCUCAAAGUGGUGGUGAGUAAACUGUCACGCAUCCUGGUCCCUGGGAAUACAGAGAACACUGAGCCGUUGUCACUCUCCUACCUGGUGGAGCUCAGUGUGUUGGCCCCCGCGGGCCAGGAUACCAUGUCGGAGGACAUGCGCAGCUUUGCUGAGCAGCUCAAGCCCCUAGUUCACCUGGAGAAGAUUGACCCCAAGAGACACAUGUAAGAAGGGGUGUGUUAAGAUGUUGUAAGUGGCUAUUGGCAGUCAUGGACAAAGUGGAGUUUUUAUUAAAAUGUAUUUUUUGGGACUUAAUUUUGUAUGAUUCCUAUAAGAAAGUGCUUUCCCACAGUCCUUUGUCUCUGUGAAGGAACUCUAUAUCUCACCAUCUGCCAUUAGGAUGUUAGUAGUGUUUGAAAAGGACUUCACAAGAGCAUUGACACAGCCAACAUGGACGAUGUGACAAAUGAGGCUUUGAAUGAGUCAAUAAAUAACAAUAUCUAUUCAGUGCUGAACAUUGGUUUUGUGUGAUGCUGAUAGUGCUUUGUUCUGUGUUGUAUAUGUUUCCAGAAAUGCACAGCUAUAGUGUUUAUUAAACAUGAUUUUUCUCAA